AGCUCCAAAUUCUCAUCUGCGGUUGGUUGCAGCUGGGUUCCCUCCUCCUUCUUUCUCCUCAAAGCUUCUUGAACUCGUAACCUCCAUUAAUGCACUGCAAACAACAAACCCUCCUUUGAAUUCUGCAGAAAAAUCCAUGGAUGCUCUGUAAUUUUCCUAUCUAAUCAACAUCAGCUUUGGUCUUUGAACUAUUGCUGCAUAGGAAAGUGAUAGAAGCCAGCGGGUAUGAACUGGGUGAGGCAGAGAGUGCUGUGGUCAGUUGGGAGGCAGGGGCAGAGGCGUUUGCUGCAUACUUACGAUGCGCCGAGCGAAAGCUUGAAGAUGAAGAUUGCAGAGUUGGGGAAAAUGAGGAGGAGGAGAAGCUCAAAGAAAGAUAAACAUUCGGUGUUCGUCGAGGUUCCGGAGUCCAUGACCUACCUCGACACAGCCACAAUGCCCCAGAUUCUCACUGCAGUUGGCAUUGCCCUCUUCGCCAAGCUCCUCAUGAUGUACGAUGACUCAAGGUCCCAAGAAUUGAUUGAACGCAAAAUAAAGAAUGCUCCUGCUGAGCAAGGCACUGUUAGGAUGCUUUCCCGAGAGGAAUGGGAAGAAAUUCGUGAAGUAAGACCGAGGACUCCAUUUGAAUCCAAACUUGCUCGUCCAAAUGCACGCUUAAGAACUGGAGAACCAUUACGCAUGGAGGAUGUGAAGGAUUGGACGAUAGAUGUGCUGACAGAUGCAUUUGCUCGGGUUGAAGAAAGCGUUAGACACACUUCCAAGUGACUUGUUCCCCAUCUUUUGACCAGAGCCGGCCCUGAGAUUUCAGGGGCCUGUACAAAAAUGAAUUGGAGGCCCUAAAAAGUAUUAAGAAUUUUAUUUUUUUAUUUUUUUGUUCAAAAUAAUAACUUUAGUUUUCAAUUGAGCUUCUAUAAAUUCUAAUAGCACAAACAAAUUUAACAAAUCAACAAGUGGAAAGGUGGCGCAUUGUUUUUCCUUAA